AGCAGCGCACCGAGCUCCUCUCCAUCCCAUGUGUUUGGAAGAAAAGAAAAAAAGAAGAAGAAGAAGAAUGGGCUCGGAUCCAGACAUGUGCUGCUGAAAAGAUAACAUACACCUCUGUGUAGCUCUCUUGUCUUUUCAACAACCGUGUUUGCUUAGUAAAAAAUAAAAUAAAAGACUGAGGUGGGAGUAUAGGAUCACUCUUUUCCUGAAAAUGCUUCCGUGCUCUUCAUCCGCGCAGAUGGAGGGAUGCGAGGAGGAGAGGGACGCGCACAUGCGAACAGAGUGCAACCGACUGACGGAGGAGAGAGACGAGGCCGAGAGACAACUCAAACACAUCAAGAGAGUGUCUCAGAUGGUGAUUGAGGAGGUGAGCGUGCUGCAGACUCAGCUGGAGAUCGAGAAGUCGUGCCGGGAGAAUGCAGAGGCCCUGGCCACAAAGCUGAACUGUGAGAACAGGAAGUUCAAGUACCUGAGCCUGUCGUCCCGUCCGUGUUUGGACGAGUGCAUUGCUCUGGAGGCCGACGCUGACACGGCCGACGCCAGCCCCGACACCUUCGUACAGUACCAACAACAGGUUAAAGAUCUGAGGGAGAUGGUGAACACCUUACUGGAAGAGAAGAAGAAUUUUGUGUGUCAGAUUCAUGAACAGCAGAGACGGAUAGAAGAGCUGACUGCACAGUCAGAGAAAGAUCAGGCCGAGAUGAAGGAACUUCAUGAAACUAAUGAGAAACAAAGUAAAACCAUCAAGAGAUUUAACAGAGUCUCCGUGAUGGCGGCGCAGGAGUACGACGGGAUGAAGGAGCAGCUCGACUUGGAGCAGAGCCUGAGAGUCAAAGCUGAGACCUAUGCACACGAGAUGCUGGUGAAGCAGAAGGAGGCCAACAGGCAGAGUAUGCUGCUGCUGCAGAGUGCUGAGCCCAGCGUUCAGCUUCUCAAAGCUCUGGAAGACGUCGCCGCCGUCACCAAAACGCUGGAGGAGGAGCGUCUGCAGCAUCAGCAGAAGGUGGCGAGCCUAGAGGCUCAGCUGGAGCAGAGCUGUGUGAAGCAGCAGCUGGAGGCGCUGCAGAGGCAGCUGGAGCUGCUGGAGGAGGCCAAGAAGGAGGUGGAGGGACGAGUGGAGCAGGCAGAGAAGAGGAACGAGGAGCUGGAGAACAGAGUCCACGAGCUCCAGGAGAGCCAGGAAAGGGCCGCAGUGGCUCCCAGCACGGCGCCCCCUCCCCCUGAGCCUGGGGUUGCCCCGCCACCCGCCCCUCCCCCGCAGCCGCCCCCUCCCCCUCCUCCUCCCCCUCCACCCCCGCCCCCACCUCCCCCCUCGAGAUGCAACCCCCUCAGCUCUCUGAUAGCCAUCAUGAGGAAGUCCUCCAAAGGCUCCAAAGCCCCAGUGAAGACAGAGCAGCUGCCAGCUGGCGAGGGCGACGACGUGAAGGCGAAGGCGGUGAACGAAAUGAUGGAAAGGAUCAAACAUGGCGUCGUCCUGCGGCCCGUCAAGAGUCAGGACAGCAAGAGAGUAGCAGUAAAACCGCCUGUAAUCCUUGAGGAGAAACCGCAGGAGAGCGCCAUGGAGGAACUGAAAGGCAUCCUGGAGACGGUGAAGCGGAGCCCCAGCCGAGGCUCUCAGGAGUCGGGCCCGUCGGGGCCGUCGCCUCCGGGGAAGAAGGACAGCGAGCUGGAGGUCAUCCUGAGACGCCGACGCAACAAGGCGGGAGAAGCUGGCUCCGGAGAUGAGCGAGAGGGCCAGAUGAGUCACGUGUCCUCCCCCGACAGCCUGAACGGGAGGCGCACCAGCAGCGACUCGGGCAAGGACCCCGAUGGCCCGGCGGGGCUGAGCGUCCCGUUGGACUCGGGUGCGGGUCCCAGGGUUAGCCCGGAGAAACUGGGGCCCGUCGUGGCCCGGAGGAAGAGCUCCGACUCGGGCAAAGAGCCCCGAGUGGGCUCCUGGCAGGAGAGGAGGUCCUGCAGCUCUCUGUCGGAGAAGGAAACCUCAGAGUCUCCGGUCAGCAACGGCUGCAUCAACAGUGUGGGGGACGAGGAUGGAGAUGCGACCGAGACGUGCGUCCGGUCCAACGGCGUGGAACACAGACGACCCGUCGAGGACACCCACGCCACCCUCUGCGCCGGCCCGGUCAACGGCAGCACGGACGCCGAGUGCUAG